GAAAAAUACGGGAAAAUCAUUUUCCAAUUUCCAUACAAUUCCAUGUAAACCUCCCAGUGUUUAUGUCCUCUACCCAUCAACAGUUACUGCAGGAGGUUCUGACGGCCACUGGGAAUGUAGAGACAUGUUGUCUGAUCAGGAAAGCAUCAGGAUCAGUAAAGGCAGCCUCGAUUGGAUUUGAACCUAGUAAAGACCUAGUUCAGUCCUUAGUUGAUGGGUUUAAUGAGCUUAAGAAAGUACGCGAAGAAGGUAUUGAUUUUAAUGGAGCGUCAUAUCAAUGUGUGAGAGCAGAUAACACUUCCAUUUACGGGAAAAAGGGUGGUGGAUCAGGCUUUAUUGCAGUGCAGACUAAGCAGUACAUCAUUUACGGGAGUUUUUCUACGUCAAUGUAUCCCAGCAUAACUGCUGAAGCUAUUCACAGUUUAGGUGAUUACUAUAAAAGCAAGAACAAAUGAGAUUAUAUUAUAACAGUACUGCCUUGAGUAGAAUAAUAAUAUUUUUGUUUAUUGGAUUAUAUGCUGGUAUUUCUUGUUUAAUAAAUAACUAUCAAUGUAAUCACUUCAA